GGUGAUUUUUGGAACCUGGAGUCGGGAGGCUGAGCGCGGCGUAUGGAAUGUGAAGAAUCUUGUGCUGGCCGCGGUGGAACGUCCAGCGCCGUCACAUUCGGGGCGAGUCUCGGCGCGCGGACGGUGCCGGCGGAGCGGCGGUGAGUGCGGCCAAGGUGCUGAGGGUCGCGAUUCCUCUGACAGCGGCAAGGAGGCAACGGGGACAGGGAUUGCGGCAGACAGUGCGAGGCGAACUGUGAUUGCGGCUUGUGGUCGGAAGGCUGGUUUCGAAGUGUCAGAAGGGAAAGAAAAUCGGAGUCAGCGCAUGAAAUUCCCUUGCUCUGUGCUUGUCUGAAGCUAUAAUGUGCUGACCAGUCACUAUGGGCAGACGAUAUCCAGGAGCUUAUCAUCGUCCAAAUAGUGAAUAUUUCAUAUAACCUAUACAACAGUCUCCUCAUUGUUGAAGCCCCGAGAUCCCUGUAAGAAGUGCUCCCAGGUCAAAUUGAAGACUCUGUGGACACUAUGUCAGUGUUCCUUGCCUCCACCAACAACCAAACUGAUAUAGUGAAUCGCAACAGUUCAGCUACUCCACCAAAUACACUUAACCUUCGCUCCUCCCACAAUAAAUUGGUAAAUUCAGAAAUAAAGAACACAGAGGUCAAGAACAAUACUCCUCCAAAAUGCAGGAAGAAAUAUGCCUUGACUAAUAUUCAGGCUGCAAUGGGCCUGGGAGACACAAUAACGGUGCCGGUUACAGCAAGCAACACUAAUUCCAAACUGGCGAAGAACGGAGAAAACCAGCUGCGUAAGGCAGCAGAACAGGGCCAGCAGGACACUAACAAAAACAUUAGUACAAAUGUCGUCAAAAACAUAAUUUCAGAAAAAUUAGAGGGUAAGGAGCCAAGCUUGCAAGACUCAUCUUGCACUGAGCCCUUGACAUUGCAGCCAAGGAAGAGCAAGAGCUUUCUCAAUUACUAUGCAGACCUGGAAUCAUCCACUCGUGAAUCUGAGCAAAACCAUGCCAUCGGCUCGGCUGAGGAAAGUGCUGAUCAGUUUCACGAUAAAUCUACUAUGAGCAAUGAUGUGGCCAGUGAUGAAAGUGUGUCCGCCAGUCCUGAAGAUUGUCAGAUGGCCACUGUUUCCUCCAGUUCUGAAACAAAGAAAGCUCCAUCCAGAUUUGGAGGGAAAACUGACUGUGCAUUAAGUAAAAUGCAGAACAUGGCUCCCAGUGAUGAAGACUCAAGUUGGACCACCUUGUCUCAGGACAGUGCUUCACUGAGCUCACCUGAAGAAACAGACAUAUGGAGUGAUCAGUCAUUUCAGACUGACCCUGAUCUCCCACCAGGGUGGAAGAAGAUCACUGACGUUGCUGGCAUCUAUUAUUGGCAUAUACCAACUGGCACUACCCAAUGGGAACGACCAGUGUCUACAUCAGCAGAGGUCCCAGACAUUCGAAAAGGGUCGCUGAAUUCAGUAAGCACUUCUCCCACUCCGGAAAAUGAGAAACCGUGGACUGACUUUGCUGUACUGAAUGGUGGAAAGAUUAAUAGUGACAUUUGGAAGGAUCUGCAUGCUGCUACUGUCAAUCCUGACCCAAGUCUGAAAGAGUUUGAAGGGGCAACAUUACGCUAUGCUUCUCUGAAACUGAGAACAAUACCACAGUCUGAGGAAGAUGGUUCCUGCACUAUCAACAGUGACCCAGAAGCAAAGUGUUUUGCUGUGCGUUCCUUGGGCUGGGUGGAAAUGGCAGAGGAGGACCUGGCGCCUGGCAAGAGUAGUGUGGCCGUGAACAACUGCAUCCGGCAGCUCUCUUACUGCAAAAAUGACAUCAGGGACACCGUUGGAAUUUGGGGUGAGGGUAAAGAUAUGUACCUCAUCCUGGAAAAUAACAUGCUGGACCUCAUUGACCCCAUGGAUCGUACUGUUCUGCAUUCUCAACCGAUUGUGAGCAUCCGGGUGUGGGGCGUCGGGCGUGACAAUGGGCGGGAUUUUGCUUAUGUAGCAAGAGAUAAAGAUACACGAAUUCUAAAAUGUCAUGUGUUCCGAUGUGAUACACCAGCAAAAGCGAUUGCAACCAGUCUUCACGAAAUCUGCUCAAAGAUUAUGGCAGAACGAAGGAAUGCCAAAGCUGUGGCUUGCAGUGUCUCUCAGGAGCAAGUCAAUGUGAACCUUGAUGUUCCUCUACAAGUAGAUUUCCCAACACCAAAGAUGGAGCUGGUACAGAAAUUUCACGUUCAGUAUCUCGGUGUGUUACCUGUGGCCAAACCAUUAGGAAUCGAAAUAUUGAAUGGAGCAAUUGAGAGUUUAAUGGCCACGACUAACAAAGAAGACUGGAUAUCUGUGAUUAUGAAUGUUGCUGAUGCCACUGUUACAGUAAUAAGGCAGAAGGAUGAAGAUGAAGUCUUGCUGGAGUGUCGUGUUCGUUUCCUGUCAUUUAUAGGAGUGGGGAAGGAUAUCCAUACCUUCGCCUUCAUUAUGGACACAGGAAAUCAGCGUUUUGAAUGCCACGUCUUCUGGUGUGAGCCAAAUGCAGGAAAUGUUUCUGAGGCUGUGCAGGCAGCGUGCAUGCUUCGAUAUCAGAAAUGCUUAGUAGCAAGACCACCUCCUCCGAGGAUGUGCCCUACAGGUCCACCAACAGACUCUGUCACAAGGCGUGUCACGACCAGUGUAAAACGUGGAGUUUUAUCUCUCAUUGACACUUUGAAACAAAAGCGGCCGGUAUCUGAAUCACCAUGAAAAGGACCUGGAUAGAUCCUUUUAGACACCAGAGUCUCAUAAUAACUGACAUAACACAUGAUCCAUGCAGAUCUUGGGCCUUCAAGUUAUAUAUGCUGAUCCUCUUCAACAUAUAUUGUUUAUUGUCAGAUUUAAUGUAAGCAUGUUAUUUCAUUCCUUAUCAUGGCAUCGUAUUGGGAGGCGCAUGAAUAACUUUCUGCUAACAGCGUUUGAGUUCAUUAAUUGUUGGAAGGUGUCUGGAAUUUCUGUAAGCCCUGGACUAAGUGGUGCCUAGUUUGUCUCACUGACUACUAAAGCUGGAAUUUUCACCAUCAACAUUACACCAAAAGUAUUUAGUCGCGCACUUUUUUCUGUCACUGACACUGGUGUAACAUAGUGGUGUACAGACUGUAGUAGAACUGAUUCCUUUGAGACAGUAGAAUCCUGUUGGCCAUUGCAGUUGUUUUAUCACGUGUACCGACUAAGGUGAGCAAGAGUGACCCCCUGUGAUUUAUCUGUUUGUGGAGAAAGUACUAACUACAUCAAAUUAGACCAACAUUGAAACAUAGGAAAAAGUAGUUUGCCAGCUUUGUCAGCAUUGGUAAGAUCACUUCAUAAUCAUUUUCCAUUUUCCCUGUAAACUAGAGCAACAAUUAGCCACAAACUUUUACUUAAGUCUAAUAUUUUUCCAUAAUGAUUUAUUCAGUUUUAUUUUAAAAAGUUACAUUUUUGCCAAUUAGAGACCAUGAGUGGAUUGGUGUUGGUAGAUGGGUCAUUCAUUGUUGUAUUCUGCAUUAUUGCCUUUUGUAAUAUUAAUUGGAAAUAUGCCAAUAAUAUUUGAGAGUAUUCCAAACCACCAUGGAAUAGAGUUUGGCUGUUUAUUAAAUACCAUAUUUAUCUAACCUAGCUAUCAGUAUAGGCAAGGUACCAGUACCUUCCUCCUGCAGUGGGAUGGUAAAGAUGAGAGUGCUCAGGAAGGGGCGAAGAGACUCUACUGAAGAUUUUUUGAUAAAAUUUUGAUUUAGUCACAAUGUUUCGCAGAUCACAAAACAGGGAAAAUUAGGAUCAUCGUAUUUUAAUUGUACUGCAUGGACAAAUUGAAUUAAACUGCUAAAUGCUUUAAACAAGGUCAAUUAUGAACAUUUGUGGGUUUUUUUGUAGUAGAAUGAAUUGAGUUGAAUUCCUUACACAGUUUUCAGUUAUAGAGCAGCUGUUGUUGCAAUAAUGCCAACUCAAUUGUCUUAAUUCAAGGCUAAAUGAAUAACAGAAUCACUAAAUACAGAGAAACAUAAAUUUAUUCUUUCAUGUAAUGAAGAGAGGGUACAUUUGACUGUUCAUGGCAAAUAGGUUUCAGCUGAGAAGAAAACUGCUAAAAAUACAGCAUCCAAAUCAAGAGAGUGAUGCUGAUAUAAAAACUAACAGCAGUUGUAACCAUAGGGAUGAAGGUUCCUUACCUGUGACUGUGAACACAUGCACAAUUAGUGAGUGACCAGUAAACCCAAAGAGCUAAUAAACAGAUUUCACUUUCAGAUCAAUUUACCUCACAGAAUGGUGGCGGGUAUAUCAUAGUGUAUUAUCUGUAGCUAAUGCUUUUCAAGAAAUCCCAGUCUCACUUCCUAUUUUAACUGUACUGUAUUAAAGUUUUGCUAGCUUCAAAAUCGGUUAAUACUGAUGUUUGUUUUCUAAUUUCUUGCUGUAUUGGACAAAGUGUGGAUGUUUUUGCUAGUCUCCAGCUGUUUGGAAAGAAAAAUUCAAAUUGUAAGCUCCCGUCGAAAGUCCAGUUUGCAUUGUUGUUGUUGGGAGGAAGGAGAUGCCCGUAAUUGCUUUUCUCAAAAUGUUUGCAAGCUGCCAGUGCACAAUCGGAAGCUGCAGAUUGUAGAAGAAUGUUGGAUGUUACAUCAGAGAUCACAAAGUGUGCAGGUAGUGCUUUUAUAAAUAUUUAAAAUAGACAUUACAGAAGAAACAAAUCUGUGUUAAACAAUGCAGAUUGGAUUUAACCAAAUGCUCUGUAUUUGGAAGUAAUCUUUCUGUUAAUUUGGUAAAACAGCCGUACCAAGCCAUUCUUAUUUCUUUUUGUUGCUAUAUAAGGUAAAACUUGUAGAAGAAUAUUAGUACUUACUUUUUAUUUUUUUAACAAGUAGACAAUCUGUUGUAACUAGAUUUUAGACAUUAUCUAUGCAUCCAUUAUAAGCAGUGACUUUGUAGAAAAAUUGCUGAGUCACUGCUUUGCAUGCUAUAUAGCUAUUGUAAGCAAGAUAGCAAGUGAAUUUAAAAAAUACAUUACUGAAAAUAUUUUUUAUUUUAUUUAUUGUAUUUUAUAUUGAACUUUGCUAAUUAUGUUGUAUUAUGUUCUAUUGUAAGUUUUCACAGUGUAGCUGGCACUUAAUCUCUAAAUACUGUAGACUGACACAUUAGAUUUUGUAUUCAUUCAUUACAGUGAGCCAAAGUACUGUUGUGAUACAGGAACAAAGCCAGCUUAAAGAUGUUUUGGUUUAUAGUAAUUGUGGUUCUUGAAGUAGUACAGGGGAGUUGAUCAUAGAACAUAGUAAAUUGCAGUACGUUGUAGGUCCGUUGAUCCCCGAUGUUCAGAUCAGAUAGGCAAUUAUUGAUUUAAACUUUUGUGACGCUCUACCCUCCUACCUGUUUUAAUUUUAUGUGUCUGGACUUUUUUUUUAUAUAUUGCAAGAACUUAGAAGCUUCAAAACCAAUUUUGGUUAUCCCAGUGUAUAUUAUCUUAUCAUUAUUUUGGUAUUUGUACCUGUUACACCACAUGUAAGCUUUCUCAUUGAAGCCAAGUAAAUGUGGAAUGUAAUCAUGGAUUCUGCGGAUGGUUGUCUGGUUUUAAUAUUUUGUGCAGAGAUCUGAUGAGCAGCUUCUAAUUAUGUAACUUGCCCUUUGAUUUCUACCAUUUUACAAAUCAAAUGUAAACCCUCUAAAGCCGGCUCUGUUAUCUAAUUCUUUUAACCUAGAGUACUUGCUAGAGUACUGACAGAAAAGACUGUACUGAUGCAUUUUUGUGUCCCACUUUCUCUCCCUACAAAUAUGUAUUGCUAAGUUAAGAGUGCAGGGUGUUCAGCUAUUAUGUUCCAAAGAUGCGAUUGGCAAAUAUUGUAAUUUUUCCUAAAAUUACAUUAGACUAAUUUGCAAUUAUGCAUAUGGUACUAGAAUAAAAAACAGAAAAUGCUGGAUACUCUCACUACUAGGUCAGGCAGCAUCUGUGGUAAGGGAAACUAAGUUUAUGUUUCAGGUUGAAAACCCUCCAACAUCUACCUAGGGUACUUUUUUUUACUUAAUGGUUCACUAUGCCAGUAACCAGUGUGCCAUGCUGCCAAUCAGCCUUGGACCCCAGAGUUCAUACAUCCUUUUCAAAGUUACAAUGUGCUCGGUGGCAGCAACAAAGUCUACUUGAUUGUGAUUGUAUGUACAGAGAAUAUCUGCUUUCAGAAUGCUGAACCAUGACUGGUUGGACUUCACGUUGCACAUUAACUGACUUAAAAUGCAUAGUAUUAGCAAAACAAGUCGUCUUAAGUGUCAGCCAAACAGACGAUGGACUGCUGUUAUGAAUACAAGCUACAGUGAGGGUGCUUUAAUGAUUCCAAGUCCCUCUUUAUGGUACAGUGUUGGUCCACAGUACACAGCAGGUUUAACAUAUGGUUGUCAUUCUGCUCAUCUAGAAGUGUCCUACAUUGCAACCACUGCUGAACUUGUGGAUUUAGCUUUGCUCUCAGCAGCCCUGCAAUCUGUUUGGUCAUCUUAAAUAUAACGUUGCUAUGAGCCUGAGCUGGGCAGCUCAGAAGCCACUGAAGCCUGAUAUUUAAUUUUUAUUUUAAUCCUCAACUAUGUACAUUUACUGUUAUGGAAGACUUGGAGCUGUAUAUUAGGCCAUUAAGCAACUGAUUUACAGUAUAUUAGCUGUUCUAUUCUGCUUCCCACUGAUUUUCCACCUGUAAAUGUAAUCCAUUGUGAGAAUAAACUGCAUAUAUUGAACAUUGAA